AUGAUCACCUUCAGAAGUGCAUUCCUUUGGCCUUUUAUUGAGGAUUUAGCCACCCUCAUUUUGGUCUAUACUGACAUCUCCUCGUGGAUGUGCCAUGAGUUUUCCAGUGAAGGAGAAAAUGUAAUCUUCCCUCGGAAGGAACCCAUGAAGGCUAAAAUGCCUAGGGCUCUUGGAAAUGAUGUGAGGACAUGUGAUCUCAGAGCAGCAGAAGACAAAGUCAGCAGUAGAGGGGAUCAGGGGGCGCGCUAUAUAAAGCUGCGGGCCCAGAGCCCCGCGCCAUCGGCAGGAGCGCAACGCGUGCAGACUCCGGCAAUCCGCGACGCGCUCACGCACGACCCCGCGCUGCAUCCCUGUCGCCGCCCAGCGUCCCUCAUUGCCACCGCCGGAGCCGAGCCGCGAACCGAAGCGGGGAGCCCCUUGGCCCUGGCCGACGCGGGGCCACAUGUGAACUACGGCUGGGAUGAGUCCAUCCGCCUGCGACACCUGUACACCGCCAGCCUGCACGGCUCCACCAGCUGCUUCUUGCGCAUCCGUGAUGACGGCUCUGUGGGCUGCGCACGGGGCCAGAGCAUGCACAGUUUGCUGGAGAUAAAGGCAGUCGCUCUGCAGACCGUGGCCAUCAAAGGCGUGUACAGUGUCCGCUACCUCUGCAUGGACACCGACGGCAGGAUGCAGGGACUGCCCCAGUACUCCGAAGAAGAUUGCACUUUCGAGGAAGAAAUCCGCUCUGAUGGCCACAACGUGUACAGGUCCAAGAAGCACGGCCUCCCUGUCUCCCUGAGCAGUGCCAAACAGAGGCAGCUGUAUAAGGGUAGGGGCUUCCUGUCCUUGUCCCACUUCCUGCUCAUGAUGCCCAAGACUUCAGCAGGGCCUGGAAACCCCAGGGACCAAAGGAACCCCAGGGACCAAAGGGACCCUAACACUUUCUCGUUGCCCCUGGAAACUGAUAGCAUGGACCCAUUUGGGAUGACCACCAGACAUGGGCUGGUGAAGAGUCCCAGCUUUCAAAACUAA